GUUUCUUGUUUCAUGAAGAGGGCGCCUUCUCGGGCCCUUCCUUACUGAUAUCUGCCACAUCAUACAUGCUCAAUUCAAUCCUGUCUUGCACAGUUCGGAGGACUCCAGCAGUAGUGUCCCAUGCCCGACUCAUAACACGGGUUUCCGGACCGUCCCUACUAUCGAGACGGGUCUCCCCACUGCUCGGACGGGCGUUUGCCACCCAGUCUGGACCCAAGGACUACUACGACGUCUUGGGUGUAUCUCGCAGUGCAUCUCAGGACGAUAUCAAGAAGGCUUACCGUAAGCUAGCGAUGAAGUGGCAUCCUGAUCGGAACCCCGACAACCGCAAUGCAGCGGAGGAGAAGUUCAAAGAUAUUGGAGAGGCCUAUCAGACGCUUGGUGAUGAAGACAAACGCAGACAGUACGACGCAUUUGGCAGUGGCUCGUCAUCUUACGGUGCCGCUGGCAGUAGCACUAGUAGAGGUCCGUCUGGUCCUAGCUAUGGGGCCUCAGGACCCUUCCCAGGCAGUGGCUUCCCUCAGGGUGGCUUCACUGAAGGCAAUGUCCAUUACAGACAUAUAUCAAUGGAAGAAGCCCAAGAGCUCUUCAAGCACGCGAUGGGUAUGGAUUUGGAUGAUCUUCUGAAGAACGCCAUGCGAGAUGGUUUUACGAGUGCCACAGGUCCCACCUCCUCCCGAACUUCCACAAGGUCGGCGGAAUCAGCGAGUUGGGAUAGUAGCCGUCCUGGCAGUCAACAUCCCUUUGGAGAUCCACACGAUUUGGGUGGCUUCGGUUCGCUCUUCGGGACCAUGGGUGGAGAUUUUGGAAACCUGUUCAAACAACCACCACGGCCCAACAAGACAACCUCCUCGAAGAACGAGGGCCCUGCCGUUGCGCACACUUCUACCAAGCAGGAAGUUGUGACUAAGAAUGGCAAGAAGAUGCUUAGGACAACGACAACCACGGAGCACGUCGAUGGUACGACGUCUACGCAGACGAAGGAGGAGCUGAUCAGAUGACUUUCGUUUCUGAAAUACGGACAAUUAUAGACCGUUCUGUACCAUAGAUUUUUAACCACCAGUUUCGAUGCUC